UUGCGCCGGUGCCUGGCGCGCAUGCGCGCUCCCGCCUCUCCCCACACAGAAGCCGGGGCGGAGGUUCGGGACCCCACAGCGCCGCCCCGCCGAGGUGGCCGCCAUGCAGGUGCUGGAUGGAAGCAAGGCAAAACACACUUGUGGAGCUGAACCUCUUCUGCUGCAGUUGUAAAGCUGCAGAACAACCUGGCUCCAGCAAGACCCAGUUGUGAAGUGGAUGGUCGUGCCCAGACUCUCUGCUUAAACUGCUUUCUUCUGUUGAAUUCAAACGCACAAACAAGGUUUCUUCUCAUAUUUGAGUGAGAGGUGGCAGCCUGUGAGGAAGACAGAGAAACUUUUGGCUAGCUUAAGAACACGAGCACACAAAAGCAUGUUCAUUUUCUCCUAAAGUAACUGAUUGUGUGUUAAAGGCACCUUUGUAUCCUGCCACGCAGAGAUGGUCAGCAGUCAGCCUCUCCCCAUAGCAGACAGUGGCAAAAGGAAGAAGAAAAAAAGAACCAGAGCCACAGAUCACGUCCCUGGGAAGUUUGAAGACUUGUACAAGUUGACUGCGGAGCUGCUUGGUGAGGGAGCGUAUGCCAAAGUUCAGGGUGCUGUCAGCCUCCAGACUGGGAAAGAAUAUGCAGUAAAAAUUAUUGAAAAAAAUGCUGGGCAUAGUCGGAGUCGGGUUUUUCGCGAGAUAGAAACGCUCUACCAGUGUCAGGGUAACAAGAACAUUUUGGAGUUAAUAGAAUUUUUUGAAGACGACACAAGAUACUACCUUGUCUUUGAGAAGCUGCGAGGAGGUUCAAUCCUGGCCCAUAUACAGAAGCGGAAGCACUUCAAUGAACGAGAAGCCAGCAAAGUGGUGAGAGAUAUUGCCUCUGCUCUGGAUUUUCUUCAUACAAAAGGUAUUGCUCACAGGGACCUGAAGCCUGAAAACAUCUUGUGCGAAUCUCCAGAAAAGGUAUCACCAGUUAAAAUAUGUGACUUUGAUCUUGGUAGCGGGGUGAAGCUGAACAGCGCAUGUACUCCAAUAACUACUCCUGAAUUAACAACGCCGUGUGGGUCUGCAGAAUACAUGGCACCUGAGGUGGUCGAAGUCUUCAUGGAGGAGGCCACGUUCUACGAUAAGCGAUGUGAUCUUUGGAGCCUGGGAGUGAUCCUGUACAUCAUGCUCAGCGGUUACCCCCCUUUUGUGGGCAACUGUGGCGCAGACUGUGGCUGGGACAGAGGAGAAGUCUGCAGAGUGUGCCAGAACAAGCUUUUUGAGAGCAUUCAAGAAGGCAAGUACGAAUUUCCUGACAAGGACUGGUCACAUAUAUCCUCCGAGGCCAAAGAUCUCAUCUCAAAGUUGCUGGUUCGUGACGCCAAAGAACGACUUAGUGCUGCUCAAGUCUUGCAACAUUCAUGGGUGCAAGGACAGGCUCCUGAAAGGGGGUUACCUACUCCUCAAGUUCUUCAAAGGAACAGCAGCACAAAAGACCUGACGCUUUUUGCAGCCGAGGCCAUAGCCCUCAACCGCCAGCUGUCUCAGCACGAGAACGAGCUCAGCGCAGAGCAGGAGAGCUUGGCCCACGCCGUGUGUUCCAUGAAGCUUUCUCCUCCGUCCAAGUCCCGCCUCGCCAAGCGCAGAGCGAUGGCGCACGCCACCAAAACCAGUGACUUUCAGCCGGUUCCCCAUAAAGCCUUUUAGAUUUCUCUCUUGCUAUGGAUUGGCAAGAACAGCCUAUGUUCUUAUUUGGAUUUUCAGUGCUGAUAAAAGCUUCUCUGCUUCUGACUCUUUGAUUAGAAGCUUGCUCUUGCGAUGUGACUUGUAACUUUAAGGGGACGGCUUUUUAUGGGAAAGGUUUUUGCCUCUCAGAUUUGGUGCAUUAAGAUAAUUUAGUUGAUCUUUUUAAACUGGAGAAGAUGGGUUUGCUGCUGUAUCAUCUGAGGUGAUAAAUCACCGAGCUUUCCUUAUUUUCAUCUUAGAAGAGCAUGCUUUAAAUGCAAACUUGAAAACAUCAGAAAGAAUAAUAGGCUUUCUUGCUUUGCUGGCAGAGCCUCAUGUCUGUCCCUGCCUGUGGUUGAGCGGCAGGGGCUGUUUUCAGCCAACAGUGCCCUUCUGUCUGUAGUCUCAGGACACAAAGAUGACGACGGGGUGAAUUUCUGUCUCCGUUACCUUCAUUGGGCUUAAAUAGACGAGGAUGAUACUGUAAAGGUGCAAAGAUCGCUGGGGCUUGUAGAGAUGAAAAGGACUGGGGCGCUUUUUCAUCCUGUUGAUAGUUUGUGUGUGGAUGAAAGCUGGGGGUGUCUUAUUUCUUUACCUGACAUCUCUUUGUUCUUAACUAAAAUGUUCUCCAUAUCAUCUUUUUUUUGUGUGUGUGUGUCCCCUUCCCUGGCAUUUAGUCUUAAGUCUGAUAAGCACAGUGUAACAUACUGUUCAUAUGAUAGUUUAUAUUUAGUAUCAGGGGUUUUUUUCCUAUUUUAAUGCUAUCCUCAGUUACACCUUUCUGUAAACUCGUAUUUCCCCAGGUCCUUUUGUGUGUGUUACCUGGAGUUCUUAAUGUGAACGUACAGUCUUCAGUGAACUUUGGCAUGUGAAUAACGUGGGAUCAGGGAAUGCAGAGGUACAUCUGUACAAAAUCGGUGCUGCAGCUGUUGCGCUCUGGCCCCUGCAGGGAUCUCAGGCUGGGUGUCUUCCACUUGUAGUACUGUGGUGCACAAGGGGUCACAGUCAUUUGGAAGUGUACCGGCCAAAAAGCUGAGGAUUAUAAGUGACCAAGGUGACGUGUCCGUGGACAAGGACGCAGAUGUUGAGCACUUUCUGAAACAUAAGCUGUGAAAAUCGGGCCGCUAGGAUGCCCGACAUGAUGCACCUUAAACUUGCCAGCAAUUUCUGAAACCCUCUGCCAGGGCAUUGUGUGGAGAGGGGGGGGAGGAGGCCCCCAAGCGCCAGCACAAAACCCUCCCGAGCAGAAUGAGAAGGAAUAAAGUAGCAGAUCCAGCAAGCGCUUGAAAAUUGAAAGGUCAAAGCUGAAUGUCUUUGCAUUCAGCGUGGUUUUACAUUAUCUUUUAGCAGUGUGCAUACAGCUAUUUUUGUACAACAUGCUUUAUUUUAUGACUAGUACUAAAGCUGUUAUUUAAGAGAUUUUAUACAUUGUGCCAGUAGACGGAUUAUGAAAUGUAUUUUGCUUUGUUUUUAUUAAAAUGCUUUAAGUUAAGAAUUUAUCACA